AUGACGCGAGAAGACGCGCGCGCGUCCGCGUCCACCUCGGACGCGAAACUGCCGCUCCUCCUCGCCGGCGUCGCGUGCGCGCUCGGGACGUACGCCGCGUGGCGCGCCAAGGCGACGAACGCGUUCAAGGCGUCCUACGCGCUGGCGUGGCUCACGCUCGGUCCCGCGGCCAUCUUAUACGCGCAGCCGGACCGAGACGAGCUCGAGAAGACGCUCCGGGCGAAGAACGCGGGGGGGGUCGUCAGCGCGGAGGCGCGCGAGGCGCAGAUGCGCGCGAUGCGAGGCGUCGCCGCGGGGGGGGAGGGCGCGCGCGGCGGCGAGACGUGA